GGGCUCCGGUGAUCUGCUGUGAGUGACAGCGCUCGCUAGCCUCCGGAGGAAACGGAGAGACGUAAUGGCAGGUCUCGCGACCAUCCGUUUGAACCAACUUUAAUCAUGAAAUAGGCUGUUUGGCACGUGCCCCACCCCCAACUUAAUUUUUCCCAUCCAUUUGGAGAAAUUCUGUUGCUUAAACAACACAGGCCUUUAUUAUUUUUCAACAAUGACUACUUACAACGUGUCACUUGCUGGACCUUCGCCUUGGGGUUUCCGGUUGCUGGGAGGCAAAGACUUCAACAUGCCCCUCACCGUUUCUAGGAUUACACCAGGGAGCAAGGCAGCAUUGAGCAACCUAAAUCAGGGUGACAUCAUCGUGGCUAUUGAUGGAGUCAGCACAGAGGGGAUGACACACCUGGAGGCCCAAAACAAGAUCAAGUCUGCCAAUUUCAAUAUGGCUCUCACCAUGCAAAGGUCAAAGCGGCCCACCCCACUUCCCAUGGCUACACCAAGGAUUGACUCUCCUAUGCCUAUGAUCGCCCAUCAGAAGGAUCAGCCAGUGCAAAUGAACGGGGCUCUCUCAGCUUCUGAGACCAGCAGACACACCAACCUGUCCUAUAGCAUGAGCAGUAGUGGAGAUGCGUCUUUGCUUGUUCAAAGUCAUUUACCUGCUCCCGGGGACAAAUCCACAUCCAUGCAAAAAAGGCAACAGUAUAACUCCCCCAUUGGUCUGUAUUCUGCCGAGACACUAAAAGAGAUGGCCAUGCUACAGGAGAGGGCUAAGAACAUGGGGUCAGGCAUGCCUAGUGGUACUCCUGCUGAGCAUGCUCCAGUGUCUACCAGCUUUGCACCCGUCUGUCCGCCUACUAUCACCGCUUCGUCCAAUGAGCUCCUUUCGGAGCCACAGAUAGCCAAUCAGGCACCUGAGGCUGAACAGAUUCCAGUACAACAUUCUGUGAACAGCUUCAGCUUUCAGGGGUCUAGUGGUUACACAUCCCAGUACAAAACCUCCAUCUCCAGUGCUUACAGCCAGCCUCCACCAAUGCAGCCACCACCCAUGCAGAAGCCACCACCACCAAUGCAGCACAGCUCCAUCCAGAUCCCUGUAGGUCCACCUCCACCUAAAGUGGUCAGCACUGCCACCAUUUUACCCACAGGCUACCCAGCUCCUCCAGCUCCAGCACUGGUUCACACGCAUGCUCCCAUCCCUCCCGCUCCUGCUGCACCAGCGCCAGCCUCUGGCCCUCCCUCCAGCAGACCCCCUUGGGUUACUGAUGAGAAUUUUGCCAAUAAGUUUGACCCUAUCAAACCCACCACAACAAAUAUAAAAGUGCCGCCUCUUCCCCAGGCUGCUCCACCACCGCCAGCCUACAUCCCCAACCCCGUCCCUGCUCCCGCCCCAGCUCCUGCUGCACCAACCCCCGCAUUCAACCCCGCCCCGUUCCCACCUGUGGCCCGUGGAGUUGCUCAAAGGGCAGAGCGGUUUGCAGCCAGCAGCAGAACACCUCUGUGUGGAUCCUGCAACAGCAUCAUCAGGGGACCGUUCCUGGUAGCACUGGGUCGUUCCUGGCAUCCAGAAGAGUUUAACUGCCAUUAUUGCCACACGUCCCUGGCUGAUGUCAGCUUUGUGGAAGAGCAGAAUAAUGUUUACUGUGAGAACUGCUAUGGAGAGUUCUUUGCACCUACCUGUGCCCGCUGCAACACCAAGAUCAUGGGAGAAGUGAUGCAUGCACUGAGACAGACCUGGCAUACUACUUGCUUUGUAUGCGCAGCUUGUGGAAAGCCUUUUGGAAAUAGCCUGUUUCAUAUGGAGGAUGGAGAACCCUAUUGUGAGAAAGAUUACAUUGCUCUCUUCAGCACAAAGUGCCAUGGCUGUGACUUCCCAGUUGAGGCAGGAGACAAAUUUAUUGAAGCUCUUGGCCAUACAUGGCACGAUACUUGCUUUGUUUGUGCGGUGUGCCAUGUGAACCUGGAAGGACAACCUUUCUAUUCCAAGAAGGACAAGCCCUUAUGCAAGAAGCAUGCACAUGCCAUCAAUGUGUAGAUGCUAUAAUAGUGCAACAUAAGUUGUCUGUAAAGGAACCAAAUGUAAUUUACAUAACAUCUGCAUUGAGGUUCUGUGGCAAGGCAUCCGUGCCAAUCCAAAUGAAAUAGAAAAUAAUUAAGCAAAUGACUGAAUUAUACAUGCAAUAGGUGUUCUGACACAAUGCACAUAAUUCAUUAAAGCCCAAUGUGCACAUUGUUAUUAUUUUAGUUCUUUUUUUGCAAAUGUGCACUUGUUGCCUGAUACACAUUAUCAAAUUAAUAUAACAUCAGAUUCACUUUAUGGAUUAGUGACAAACUUUGUUUUGGUUAGAGAGAAUUUAAUAGGUUAUUCAAGGGUACUGGGCAGGAAUAACAAUCUUGAGUUGAUGUAUUUGCAGAUCAGAAACAGCCUAAAUGAAAAUCUACAGUAUGUAUUUUAUGCCUUAAGCCCUAAAGAAAUCUUAAAGAACGUUUAUUUUUAUUGCAUUACAGUUCUCACACUCGCAAAGGAAUCACAAUGAAUGUGCUGGUGUCAAGGUAGAGUAAGCAAUUUGCUGUUAAAACAAGACCAGUUUUACCAUAAACUGGCAUUUUUAUCUUUUCAAAACAAUGACAAAUGUGUUAACUCAGAUGUACUUUAUUUUCUUUGUGGGUAAAUGCUGACCUGUGAGUUGCAACUCUGAGAGCACAGUUUAUUAUAUUACAGUUAUUAUUUCAUACCAAUUGGCUAUCACACCAAUGUAAAACUUUGAGACUGUAGACACUCAUAUUUUUCUUUAGUCUGUUUGAUGUUAUUUUUCAUGUAUACAAUUCUUGAACUUAAACAUAGAAACUUGUUUCAUUUAGACAUUUUUAGAAAUGCGCCAGCAUAUUUCACUUCCAUGUUUUGAAUUUAUUCUAACGUAACACAAGAGUUGAGAUGUGUUCUUAGGACUACUUUAGAUUUCAGGUUGUCUUUUAAAAAUAUUAUUUACACAAGUACCAGUUUGGCAUGUGAUAUAUGCCUCUCUUACAUGUAAUAAAUUAUUAGCAACUUUUUUACACAAGUCAUUUAUAGCAGACUUCAGUUUAAAUAUAUAGGAAUAACGAAUAAUUUUAGCAUGCUACAGAAACACAUUUUAUUUUCAUUGUGUACUUUAAUGCUAUUGAAUGUGUCACUUUCCAUAAUGUGUUAUCUGUGUCUUCUGCCAUAUUCUGCAGUUCACCUGGGAAUUUAAACAAAGUAUUUAAGUAUCCAGUUACAGAAAAAAAUAUAAACGAGCCAUAAAUGAUUUUCUGUAUUUGCAGAUCAUUAGUAUUAUUUCAGCACCCCCUAAGAAAAUCUGUGUUACGUGGUGAUUUUGCACCAAUAUCAUUAUAAACGUUUGUUUGUGUUAAAAGGUGCCUUAAUGCAAUCUUCUGUUGAAUAAUGGAGAUUCUCCCUCACUGUGAAAAUGUUCCAGACAUAAACGAACAAAAAAGUUAUAUGCAGCUCUUGAGAAUGAGUUGUAGGCUAUAUCUUGAGAGAAUGAAAAAAUGCGUAGGAUUACUAGUGUUUUUUAAUCAUGGGGAAAAACUGCCUUACCUUGUGCUUGUAUUACAAAAUAAUGGAAUGUCCAAAUAUGUAUUUCUUGUUUUAUUGAACAUAAUAUGAGCAUAACUAGUUAAAACUAAAAAAACUAUUAACUUUAUGUGGGGAAUGUUUUCAAAGCAUGAUUAAAUGUUACGGGACUGUACCACAGACUGGACAACUCCAUUACUAAUUCACAUUUGCGUUAUAUUUUUAGGCUACAUUGUAUUGUAAUUACAUCUAUAUAUAACUUUGAUAAACUUGUUCACGAAAUUAAUGCAUACCGUCUUGGCAAAGGCCAUACAGCACAAAGAUGGCAAAAGCGUAUAUUUAUUUUUCAUUCA